AUGUUAAAACUUAAAAGAAAUUUCGACUCCUAUAGUGAUAAUAACAAUAAUAAUAAUAAUACCAAUAACAACAAUAUUGGUUCAACAAAUACUCAUUCCCCUUGCCCAUCUAUUAGAUCCACUCCUACAUUUGAUAACGAUUACGACGGACAAGCCAAAAGAUUUAGAUAUCAACAACAACAACAACAACAACAACAACAACAACAACAGCAACAACAAAGAACUAGAUCAGAAUAUCAAUUUUUUAAUGAAGUACAAUCACCUCUUGAUCAAAUUUUAGAUAAUAUUAAAAAUAAAGAACCACAUACAAGAAUAAAUAAUAAUAAUAAUAACAAUAAUAAUAAUAAUAAUAUUAAUACCAAUAACAAUAUACAAGCAAACAUGAACAAUACAAAUACAUUUAAUUUCCAACAACCACAACCACAACAACAACAACAACAAAAACUCUUUACUUUAGCCGAAGUCGAAGAAAUUGUAAAGAAGGCAGUUAAACAAAACGAGGAAAAUCUUAAACAAGAGUAUGAAAAAAUUGUAAAGGAGAAAUUAAUCGAACAAUACCAAUGUUUCUCAAGGUAUAAUGAAGAUUAUUUAUCAAGACAAAUGAAAGAGAGCGAAUAUAGUUACAUCUCUUAA